UAGUAACCCAUUUUAUAAAAAGCGAUAUCGUGGCGGUCGCUUUGCGCGACUAGGGCCGCGUAAUUCAGAAAUCCAUCCUCGAUCUUUAUAUACUGGAGGAUCGCUUCCGUGAGGAAAAUUGGGGAGCUGUCCCAUGCGGGCUUGCCCACUUUCAACCGAUCGGUGGAAAAGCGAGAUGGCCCCAAAGGUCCCGCGAACUCGCUCGGCUGCUAUUGGAGAAGCGAGAGGGAUGGAUGAGAAUCCUCCGCCCUGUAAGGAAGGAUGCAGCGACCAUCGCACUGGAGUUAAAAUGCGGGAGUGAGGAAGAGAUUAAUAACCCGCGAGAAUUACUGAUCCGCAUAGGAUGCGCUGAGUGGACUGAAGAACUCAUAAACUCCGCACUACCCAGCAUAACACACGAAAUUUGUUAAAAAUAAUUAUAAGUUCAAAUAAUAAUUAGCCAAAAUAAUUGCGAGUUCAAAUAAUAAUAAUUUGUUAGGAACAAUUAUAAGUUCAGACAACCAUAAGUUAAGAUCUAUAGAUUUAAUGGCAAUCAAUGAUGCUUUAUUGUUACAGAGCAAUGUGUAUUAUUUAAUAGAAAAACAUUUUAAAGGGAAAGAAUGUUACAUUAAUUUAGUAGAAACAUUUCUACAGGUAUGUAUAUAUAUCUGUAUAAUAUUUGUGUGUAAUGUCGGUUUAAAUUUUUCUUUGAAAAAUUUUUUAUGAAAACAUAUUUGCAGGCUACAUUUGAUAAACAAAUAGGGCAGUUUUUGGAUACGUCCUCGACUUCAAAGAAAUUUAAUCUGGAUCGAUUUACAAUGAAUCGAUAUAAUUCCAUCGCUUACUCCAAAUCAUCAGAAAUAGCAUUUUUAAUGCCAGUAUUUUUAGCAAUGCAUUAUGCUGGAAUCGAAAAAGUUCAAGAGAUGUUCAAGCAAUCAGAAACUAUCUUGUUAGAGUUGGGACAGUGUUAUCAAAUUCAAGACGAUUGCUUAGGUUGCUUUUUCGAUUUGCGCAAAGAUAAUACUGAUAUAGAAGAAGGAAAAUGUAUGUGGUUAAUUGUUAAAGCUCUUGAACUCGUAACUCCGGAACAGCGUAAAACUUUAGAAGUAAAUAUCGUUGGUUACAUGUGUUUUCCUAAACGUUGUUGCAUUAAUCAAUUUUCUUAUUUUUUUCUUUGUUUUUCAGGAAUGUUACGGAAAAAACAAAACACGUAAAACAGCUCUACAUUGAUUUGGAUUUGCAGAAUGCUUAUUUUAAACACGAAAAAUAAACAUAUCAUGCAAUAACUGCACUGAUAGAGAAAAUAUCAUACAAAAAUCUACAACAUUUUUUCAUGGGUUUAUUAGAGAAGCUUUAUGGCAGACGAAUCUGUUUUGGAUAAACAUAUCUUAAAUACUACUAUUUUAAGCAAGUAUUUCUUUUAAGCAUGUUUAACCUAAAUUUUGAGCAAUGUAAAAAAUUAAUAAAUUCUAUGUUUCCUACUGUUA